GCAAAUUUCCCUCCAACCUGUACUUGUAGCAGGCUGCUUCGCUGAGCCGGUAGCUAUCGUUGAGCACUCCUGCUGCUGCUAGCAACCACAGACGUUGAGUGGAGCUCGCGCGCUGUGUUGUGUGUGUUAAGCGGAGCCUAUCAGCUUCAGCCAUGGUCGGGCGUAUGGAGGGAGGGAAAGGGGAGGUGUGCGUCACCGGCGCCGCCGGGUUCAUCGCCUCGUGGCUCGUGAAGCUCCUCCUCUCCCGCGGCUACACCGUCCGCGGCACCGUCCGCGACCUCGGUGAGAAGAAGACCGGCCAUCUGAGGUCGCUGGAGAACGCAUCUGAAAAUCUCAAGCUUAUCAAGGCCGAUCUGCUUGAUUACGAUGCCAUGGUGGCUGCGAUAGAGGGAUGCCAGGGAGUUUUCCAUGUCGCCAGUCCGGUUCCUUCGGAGAAUGCGACUGACCCAGAGCUAGAACUUCUGCGUCCUGCCGUUGCUGGUACCAAAAAUGUACUGGAGGCCGCGUCCGCUGAGAAGAUUCGGCGGGUGGUUGUCGUGUCAUCCAUUGUCGCCGUCGAUAUCAACCCCAAGGAUUGGCCCAACGACAAGAUCAAAGACGAAAACUGUUGGUCAGACAGAGAUUUUUGCAGGAAUCAAGAGGACUGGUAUUCGGUUUCCAAGAUCACGGCAGAGGAGGCGGCGCUCGAAUACGGGCGGCGAACCGGCCUGGACGUGGUCACUCUCAACCCGGCGGUGGUGUUCGGCCCCCUGCUGCAGCCAUCGGUGAACGCGAGCAGCCAGUUCCUCAUCUACUUCCUCAAAGGGGGCCCUGACCGGAUGAGGGACAAGCUGUGGCACAUCGUCGACGUGCGCGACACCGCCGACGCUCUGCUCGUGCUCUACGAGGCGCCGGAGGCCGCCGGCAGGCACAUCUGCGCGCCGCAUGUCAUCAUCGCCCGCGACCUGCGGGACUUGCUCAAGAGCAUGUACCCUGACUACCCUCUAGUCAGCAAGGAGAGCAUCUACGACGUGGAUCACCCGGCACCGAUGACGACCGACAAGCUGAAGAAGCUGGGGUGGACCUGCCGAUCGCUGGAGGAGACCAUCGCGGACAGCGUCGAGUACUGCCAGCAGGCCGGGUUUCUCGACGAUGUCGAAGGCGGGGCGCCAUGCCGUUUCCCUCCGUUUUACAACAAGAUUUAGGUUCAGCAAAGAUUAGGGGCCGGGUGCAUGCACAAGCUCUACGACCGUGUCUUGCAGUCGGUUCGCCCCUAUCCAGCGUCUGAAGUUGAAGGUGGAAGAUGAAGAUGCACGUUAAAGCAAAUACCAUUUGCCAUGAUGUUUUAAUUCACUAAUAAGAUGCUCCUCUUUCAAAUAAAAGUUUUCUUAGAAAAA